AUGUUGGAAUAUACAAAUAAAGUAUGUCUAGCACCUAUGGUUCGCACUGGGGAAUUGCCUAUGCGGCUAUUAUCGCUACAGUAUGGAUGCGAUUUGGUUUGGUCACCCGAAUUGAUUGAUAAAAAACUAAUCACCAGCGAAAGAAAAGUCAAUGCUAAACUUGGAACAAUUGAUUUUGUUACCCCAAACAAACAUAUCAAGAAGAAAGAACAAUCGCCAAAACAACAACAGGAAGAAGAAGAGGUGAUUAUAUUUCGAAAACAUCCAAAUGAAACAGGUAAAUUGAUAUUACAGUUGGGAACAAGCUCUCCCGAUCUUGCAGUCGAAGCAGCUAGGAAAGUUAUUGAUGAUGUAGAGGGAAUAGACUUGAAUUGCGGAUGUCCCAAAUCAUUCUCAACGCACUCAGGUAUGGGUGCAGAACUAUUGAAAACUCCCGAUUUGUUGUGUUCAAUAUUAACUAAUUUGGUGAAUAGAAUAGGCAAACCAAAUAAUAAACCAAUAAGUUGUAAAAUCAGACUUCUACCGAACUAUGAAGCAACAUUUGCUUUGGUUGAAAAAAUUUGUCAAACUGGUAUAUCUAAUUUAACUAUCCAUUGUCGAACUCCCAUAAUGCGGAAUAGACAGGAUCCGAUAUGGAAUUACUUGCCUCGUCUUAUUCCAAUGAUACAAGGCUUUGGGGUAUCAGUAAUUCUUAAUGGGAACUUCCAAGGUAAACAAGAUUUGGCCAACCUUCAGAAAGCAAUGAAAAAUGAAAAGAUUUCAAUAAUGAUUGGAGAAGCAGCAGAAGCAAACCCUUCAAUAUUCUCCUCCUCAUCAUCAUCAUCAUCAUCAUUUCCCAUCACUCAAGCACAAUCAAUUUCACAGAUUUUCAAAUUGAGCGAAAAAUACGGCAAUUUUCCCAACACAAAAUAUGUCAUUUUGAAUAUGAUUGUGGGAAAAUCUAAAUAUUUUACAUCUUUGGCUCAGCUGAAAUCGUUUGACCAAAUGAGAAUGGUGAUUGCCGAAAUUGACAAGGAAACAAAGAAAAUAGAAGAUGGAGAAGUGAUCAAGGAUAGGGUUUUUUCUAUCAUGAAUAGGAAUUGCCAACGUGCUCAAUUUUGGUCUCAGGAGGAGUACAACAGGAAUAUGGAGCAAAGAGGUGUUGAAAUGGCUCAAUAUUUUGAACAAUGGGAUGAAAAAACAAUGUUAGCAGACCUAUAUGACACUGUAACUCCUAGGAAGAGGCAGGCUUCGGAUAAACACAAGAAAAAGGAAAUAAAUGAGGAGAGCCAGAUAAAGAGACAGAAGAUUGAAGUCAACUAA